AUGGAUGGUGUGGUGGGCGCCACGCAAUGUGCCAUCCCUCCUUCGGGUGAAAUGACAUACAGAUUCAAAGCUCAACCCGCAGGUACUACAUGGUAUCAUGGUCACUAUCUGAAUCAAUAUACAGACGGUCUAAUUGGUCCAUUGAUUGUUCGUCGACACAUAGAGCCGAAUCAAGAACAGUAUGAUACUGAGCGUAUAUUGAUGGUAUCUGAUUGGUACAAUGAUGUUGCGCGAACAAAGUUAUUAUCUUGGUAUCUAAGCGUAAACAAUACAGAAGGCAUUGAGCCCAUACCUGAUGCUAUUGUCGUAAAUGGAAAAUUUUCUCAGUCGUUGUUCGUGAAAAUGUCCGGGGCAACACGUAUUCGUUUUAGAAUUAUUAAUGCUGCAGCAUUUUCCAUGUAUACUGUGUCAAUCGAUGGAUUACCAUUACACAUUAUUGAACUUGAUCAAACACCUGUAGUGCCAUACACAGUGUCUUCCUUUGUUAUCAACGUUGCUCAACGGGUUUCUUUCUAUGUGAAUCUGAAUGAAUUUGAUCAAACCUAUGUACCUUCAGAUGUGCCACCGACAAAAUCAAUUUACAUUCGAUUCAAAGCUAAUUCGGAAAUGUAUCCAGUUGAUAUUAGCAGCUAUAUUGCUCCGUAUGCAACUCAAUAUCUUCCGUAUCCGAUAUUUUUCAAUCCAUUAUACCUAGCUAUUUUAUCACUCGAUUCAAGUAAUUCCUUGCCUACAUAUCCGGUUAAUCAAGCAACUUCAGGAUCGAGUAAUUCAGAUUCAGAACACCAACAAGAUGUCAAUAUUCUAAGUGCUCGACCAUUCAAUCAAGCAAGCAAUGUAGUUCCCAAUGGAACGCAUUACUUGAAACUUGUCAUCACAUUCCGUUCAGAUUCCCGUAACAUCAUUCGGGGAUAUCUUAACAAUGUUACAUAUGCUUCUGAUGCGAAUAAUGCUAGGGAUAAAUCGAUUCCUAUGCAUGCUAUGAAAUCAGACAUCGGAACACCGUUACUAUAUCAGAUGGCUGCGAACCCUAGCGCACUUGGCAUUCCAUCUCCAAUCAUCACAAACGACAGUCCAUUACCAGCGAUACAAAGUGAUGGAAAUGGACACUACUUAGUACCAUAUCAAGCUGUCGUUGACAUACUUCUGGAGAACACAGAUGACGGUGAACAUCCAUUUCAUCUACAUGGUCAUAACUUUUGGAUCAUAUCAACUUCAGAUUAUCCUCAAGCCGAACAAUUAUAUAGAGGAGCAUACAUACAACGAGACGUAGUGAGUGUACCAGCUUUAGGCUGGGCCAAGAUACGGUUUUUAGCCAAUAACCCAGGUGCUUGGCUCUUCCAUUGUCAUAUUGAGUGGCAUAUGAAUGCAGGACUUAUUCUAGCUUUUCUAGUUGGCCCCGAUGAAUUGCUUGCACAAGGCUACACGAUUGCAGCCAAUCAAAAGCGCUUUUGCCAAUAA